UUGACGUGGCUGAAUCGCACUUCGGUUAAAUUAUUGCCUUUCUUUUUGAGUUCUAGUAAAAAAGUAAAAAUUAUUUCACAAUGAUAUUAAGUUUUAUAAAACUUUACUUUGAUACUUGUUGUAUCCAUGGCUUUCGAUAUUUAGUGAAAAGCGUGUUAAUCCUGCUGGAAAGGAUAUUUUGGCUUCUACUGCUGAUUGUCUCAGUAUAUUUCUGUAUUAUCUCUUGCAUAUCCUCUGUGGAGCGCUUUCAUACGAAAAGCACACACAUUGGUUUGGAGCGGAACUCCUAUUACUGGAACACCUCAAUGCCGGGUCUCACAAUAUGCCCGAUGCAGCGGUUGAAUCAGUCGCUUUUUAAUAAUUAUUGUCGCGCCAAUAAGGUAAAGGGAACGGACAAAACGGAAUUUUGGGAUUUCCUAGAAAAUUUAGCAAAUUCCACGUAUACAAAUUUUGAGAAUAUACCGGAUUACGAUAGCAUUGAUCACACUCUAGAUCAGCUGGGUAUCAAGCCCAAGCAUUAUAUGGAACUGAUUUACAAUCUGACUUUUGACGGCACCUAUGAACCCAUAGAAAAACUUCGCAUCCGCUGUGUCGAUGGCCAGCUACACCUGAAGACCCGACAGAUCCUUACCGAGUUUGGCCUCUGUUAUCUGUGCAGCUCAUAUUUGGGCGAGGAGUACAGCUCGCGCUAUUUAAUCUUUGGCGAGUAUCCGGAAUUCAAUAAGUAUUUAAAUAAGCAUCGAUUCGUUCUAGUCAAGAAAGCAACAUUCUUUGACAAGGAUGUCGGCUUCAACCUAAUGGGCUUCGAUACAGACGCAAUAGAUAGCUAUAUACAUUCAGCGUUUGAGGUCAUGAAGGUGGAUAAUAACUUUGGCUAUUCACUAGAAGGAGCUGCCUACGAGCCAGAAGUUGAGGAAAUAAUUGCUGAGCCGAAUUUCGAGACCGAAACGUCUAUCAGUCAAAGGAAAUGCCGUUUCUAUCACGAGUCCAAUCUCACGCAUUAUCCUUUUUAUACCAAGAAUAUUUGCCAGCAAGAGUGUCGCAUUAACUUGGCCUAUAAGAUAUGCAAAUGUAUUCCUCAUUUUUAUCCCAAUCGUAUUGCCAAGCCGAAACCAGUUUGCACCUAUAAAACACUGAAAUCCUGUUUUCCCAGGCAUGCCGGUUACUUUCUGAAAUUUUACGAAGAAAAUGGUAAUCAUGAGAAACCAACUGGCUGCUACUGCGAGCAAAACUGUAUAGACGCUGUGAUCAAGCUCAAAAGUGCGCUCGCCAUGCGAGGCUCUAAACAGUUGCUUGGCAGUAUGGGAAGUUCUGUCUCUAUGAGCACCUGGCCAAGGAAUCAAUUCAAGAGACAAGUCAUAUUUUCCUUCACAGAUUUGUUAGUGUCAAUAGGCGGUACUGCCGGUCUUUAUCUUGGAUUUAGUGUCCUGGGCUUGGUAGAAUUUAUAUACUUUUUUACGCUGCGCUUAGUUUGGCAAUUACUUGGGUAUAAACUUUAAGUUUGUUUAUUGCUUUGUAAUAUGCUAAAUAUUUUUCGCUUUUCAAUCAAUCUGAAAACCAAAUAAAAAUAGAAAAAAAAAUAUAUUUUAACAAAGUAAAACAAGUUUAAACCAGUUACAAAGUACACAGAAAACUACACAUUAAAACAAACAAAUUAAUUAAUAUGUAAGUAAAAUUGAUAACGGUAAACUAAGCAUACUUACAUGUACAUAUAAACAAAGCUUGCAAGCAGAUAAGCGCAUUGGCUACAAGUGAUGUGCGAUUUCCCUAGAGUUUUCACAAACACAUGGCUCUAACAAAAUAUGUGGAGAAGGAGCUACUCGUCCGCUUUGAGCAUAUACUGGAGAAUAAAGAUGACACGCGCUGUUCGCAAUACGUUCAAUUUAAUAUUAAGGAUGUACUGGGUGCAUUGAAUAUUAGGAAACAACGCUGGAUGGAAAUGCGGGAUUAGACGAACAUCGGCACAUGGAGUUUGUACCCGAUCCCGAGUAUGAGGCAUACAACAAUUAUGGCAAACUUAAUAAAUCAUCAAUAGCAUUUGCUAUCAGCAGCGAAGUCAAUGCUAGAAGCUCGGUACUCAAAGGAAAGGUGCUGAAGCAACCUAAUAAGAGGCAGUGCCAACUCACGACAUAUUGCAAUAGACCAAAAACGUGCGCAAGAACAUGCUAAGUAUCUCCCUUUGCCGGGUUCAGGAAGCUUCUCGUCAGCAGUCUCACCAAAAGCAUUCUUAAUUUUCGCUUGCUUUGACAAUUGCCGUGAUAUAAACAUAGAGCCUUGUUUAUUGAUUUAAAAUAUGUAUAUAAAUAUAUGCAUAAUUAAACACAAUAAUGUAAUGUAUGUACAUAUGUAAGAAUAUACUCAAACAUUCUAAAUAUCAAGUGGCGUCGCUGUUGCUAUCAGCUGGAGAACAGCACUAUUCAUAUAGCCUCGGAUCAUAUACAUAAUAUACUGUACAUAUUGUAUA